ACCGGGAAGGAGCAGAGAGAGGAAGAAGCUACAUAACAACCACAGGAGCUCACAGGUGACCUGUCCUCCAGCGGCUGUCCGGAACCUUCUGGGCCAUGGAGCCGGGCUGAGGCUGUAGAACCGGGCUGCAGGUUUUAAUCACAUUUCCCGGUGUUUGUGUGUAAAUGUUCUCCAAAGAGCGAGGCAGCCGCCGGCUGAAGAACUUCUCUGGGUUGGUUCUGGCUCUGCAGCUCCUCAGCGGGGUGCAGUUUCUACCUGAAGCUCAGGUCUGAGGACCGUCGGUGAGAUGAGCAGCAGUCUCCAGCUGCUGGUGUGCCGCACUGAUUUCCAUCAUGGCCGCCUGCUGCUGCUCUCUUCCCGGCGCUCCGCUCUGCUCAGGUGGCUCAGCUCGGGUCACCGCAUCAGCCGCAGCCUCCAGGAGAGCUACAGGCUCCUGCAGCUGCCCGCCGACGGCCCCCACACCCCCACACAGGUGAGGGACGCCUACCUGCGCCUCGCCAAGCUCUACCAUCCGGACUCCGGGGAACCGACCGCCGACGCCGGGCUGUUUGCCCGGGUUGAAGAGGCGUACCGGGCGGUGCUGACCCACCAGAGUACGGUCCGGCAGCGGGAUGGAGCGGCCGAGGAGGACGACGAGGAGGACAAGACCCGAGGAGUCGCGCCUCAGCACAGACACUACCUCAGCUACGAGGGCGUGGGCUCGGGGACCCCCAGCCAGCGGGAGCGCCAGUACCGGCAGAUCCGAGUGGACCGGGCCACUGAGCAGGUCCUGAGCUACCGGCAGAGGGAACACGAGAGGGCGGCGGCGGCAGAGGGGGCGCUGGCGGAGCGGGACACGCGUCAGCGCAGCCGGAAGAUCAAGAUCACGCAGGCGGUGGAGCGGCUGGUGGAGGACCUGAUCCAGGAGUCCAUGGCCCGCGGCGACUUCCAGAACCUGAGCGGCGUCGGGAAACCGCUCAACAAGUUCGAGCACAACCCGUACGCCGACCCCAUGACCCACAACCUGAACCGCAUCCUGAUGGACAACGGCUACCAGCCGCCCUGGGUGGUGACGCAGCGCGACAUCAGGGACGGCGCCGCUCGGAUCCGCAGCCGGCUGCUGGAGGGCCGGGCCCGGCUCGGCGACCCCAUGACCCCCGAGGAGCGGAACCGGUGGGAGCGGCUGUGCGGGUCCGUACAGGAGGAGCUGGGGAAGCUCAACAAGAUGGUGGACGACUACAACCUGGUCGUACCGAUGCUGAGCAUGCAGAUGGUCCACUUCAGCCUGGCCCGGGAGGCGGAGCGGGCCCAGAGGGGAGCCGAGCAGCGCCGGGCCGAGCUGCUGGAGGUCCGCGCGGCGGAGCGAGAGCGGAGGAAAGAGGAGAAGAAGAAGGCCAACUCUGGAGCCAAGACCCAGACUGUAAAACGAGGACUGGUGUCCUGGAUGCAGCGGUUGCUCAAAUUUUAACUCUGAACCUCAAACACACAACUAACGCUUUAAUUCUCAUUUACAGGAAAUAAACCCAGAAGUUCAUUCAGACAUCAGAGAAAAUACAGUUUAUUUAGCAAAGACUUUCCAUAUAGAGCGUCUAUAUGGAAAGCUCCUGAUGAAUUUAAUCGGAUUGUUAGAAAUGACCGGUUCUGAAGCCGGUUUGCACAGAGACUGAAGUCCUGACCCGUUGGUACCGGCUGGAGGAUCAUGGCGAGCCGCCGGGUGAAAGAAAAGAGUCGUUGUGGCUGUGAGGUGAGAAGAAUCACCUGAAGGUUUAAUGUGGAGAAAACAAAGCAAACACCGUAACGUCUGGCUGCUGUGAGACAUUAAAGACUGUUUUUAAAAAUCUGAA